GUGCCGAAAGACUUUUCUGGAGGUGGUUCCCAGCAGCAGCUGGUGCCCCGCUGUGCGGCGUUCGAAAAGCUGCACGGCGCUGGGUGACUGCCUGGUGGAUGAGACAGUGGACACGAGGGCUGAUGACCUCUUACGCCGAAUGUCCGGGUACUUUGCGUGGCAAUCCGACUGGCCUGAAACCAUUUCCUGUGGCAGCAAGGGGCAUCCUUUCCUAUGCAAAGCUCCGUGCAUCCGGGCGGUUCAUGGAACUUGCAUGAAGGGCCCCAGGUGCGAGUUCUGCCAUUUGGAGCACAACCAUCCGAAGCGCAAACUACGUCGAGAGGAAAGGCAGCGAUUGGAGGCGAUGCCGGAACUGAUGAUUCUGCUCAUCCUCCAAUGGCACGUCGAGCGCCACGUCACCAAGCUCCGCCUUGAAGGUGAGAUGCGACUUCUGUUGGCCGUGCUGGAACGACGUGUUAAGUUGCUGAGGGAGGCUCAGCCACUCACACAUGCUGAGUUCAGCUGGGCCAUGGAGAGCCUAUGGACCUUGCGUGGUUUCUCCCUUGGCCGCUUGUUUGACGUUUUCCAGCUUUGGCCUCAAGUGGAUUCCGACUUCAAACGUGAAGUGAAGUUCUUAGUAGACAGUGCGCGCGAGGGAAUGGCCACGCCACGUGCGGCAUGA